GCUCUCCGCGUUUUGCGGCCCCGUUCCUUAGGCUGGUACGUAGUUAGUUUCUCUUGCGCUCUUGCACCAAGUGGUUGGCCGCUGGUGGUCCGCUGGAGAUAGUAGAAGGAUUAUGUCGGACGCCACUGGCUGAAGACUCUAGAGAGUGCCGGGAGCGACUCCCUGACCGACGACUAUUCUGCGUCAUUUGUAAAAUAGGAUUUAGUAGAUUAGUCCUGAGCAUUUGAAUCCUGUCAGCCGAGCAUUGAGCGUUUUCAGUGGGGUUACUUCCCACUGUUCCCUGUAUUGCUCGAUUAGGUCUGUACAUUACACCUGAUUCCUCACGGUCCGAAGGUCCGACCGAGAUACCAUCCGACCUAGCCUCCUCUCGCUCUGUAUUUUAUUUUGCUCCGUACGGUCUUUCAACCGCUGUUAAUAUCCCUGAGUCCGAAUCGACUGCCUUCGAAUCCAGACGCUUCUUGCUUGGGAAAGAUCUCUCCGUGUCCUACCAGGUGUAAGUAGUUAAGUUUAGAGACGUCUCAAAGCUUACCAGGCCCUAUCCGGCGUCCUUGGCUGCUGCGACGGAGGUACUUAACCUGCUCUCGAAUCGCCUGCUACAUUCCGUCCUCGCUCGCCGGUACUCUUGAGGCCGCUCGAAACGCGCUUCUCGCUUACACAGUCUAACAGUCUCACAGUCCUACUCUCCUGCCGUCUUACAGUCCGGCAGUCUUACACUCCCCGUCCUCGCCGCCACAUCCGAGCUGACUUCUGAGUUCUAGUCGACGGCGACGCUCUAGCAACGAAACUCCAAAGUCUCUGCUGCUAGUUUCCGUCCCCGCGUCCGCGUCGCUCCCGCGUUCCUCCUCCUCCUCCCGCUCGCCGCGCGAUGGACGCGUGCGCGGACAGCGGCCCCGCGAAGCGCGCGGAGAUCUACACUUACGAGGCGCCGUGGCCCGUCUACAGCAUGAACUGGAGCGUGCGCCGCGACCACAAGUUCCGCCUCGCCGUGGGCAGCUUCAUCGAAGACUACCGGAAUAAGGUUGAGAUUGUGCAGCUAGACGACAACACAGGCGAGCUGAGGAGCGACGCCAGGCUGGCGUUCGACCACCCGUACCCGCCCACCAAGCUCAUGUUCGUGCCGGACCGCGACGGCGUCCGCCCUGAUUUGUUAGCUACUUCGGGCGAUUUCCUGAGAAUAUGGCAGAUCACGGACGACGGUGUGCGCAUGCGCAGCGUGCUCAACAACAACAAGAACAGCGAGUUCUGUGCGCCGCUCACCUCAUUCGAUUGGAACGAGUCCGAACCAAGGAGGCUUGGAACGUCCAGCAUUGACACGACGUGCACCAUAUGGGACAUGGAGAAGGAGGUGGUUGACACGCAGCUGAUCGCCCACGACAAGGAGGUCUACGACAUCGCCUGGGGGGGAGUUGGCCUCUUCGCUUCCGUCUCAGCGGAUGGCUCAGUGAGGGUGUUUGACCUGCGGGACAAGGAGCACAGCACCAUCAUCUACGAGAGCCCCCAGCCGGAGACGCCUCUGCUGCGGCUGGGGUGGAACAAGCAGGAUCCCCGCUACAUGGCAACCAUUCUCAUGGACUCGCCCAAAGUGGUCAUCCUCGAUAUAAGAUUCCCCACACUCCCAGUGGCAGAGCUACAGCGCCACCAGGCAUGUGUGAACGCGAUAGCAUGGGCACCGCACAGCUCGUGCCACAUCUGCACUGCAGGUGAUGAUUCCCAAGCUCUCAUCUGGGACCUUUCCUCCAUGGCCCAGCCUGUGGAGGGCGGGCUCGACCCAAUUCUGGCGUAUACGGCCGGUGCAGAGAUCAACCAGCUACAGUGGUCAUCCGUGCAGCCUGAUUGGGUUGCCAUAGCCUAUGCAACUAAAUUGCAGAUUCUAAGAGUGUAAUUUCGUGUGGCUGGUUAUGAGUGAGUGAAUUCUUUGUUUGUCAACUCUAGUGAAGAAACAGAAAGAAAAGUCGAGCCUGGAG